AUGUCCCUCGAGCCGUCAGAGGCUUUGAGGCUGCUUCCGGCCAGCCCACUGCCUGGCUUCCCAGACGUGUUGGUCGGGACUCAGGAAGAUGGCGCCGAUGUGCUGCUCGGAGAGAAUACGCUGCAGGUGGCCGCUGUGGUCAACUGCGCAUUGGAUGACUGGCUGUACAAGGUCCGCAAUGGCCACUGUGGUUCUGCCGCAGCUUGUCGUCUUCCGGAGAUCGAGGCAUCAAUCAGAGCCCUGCCGCAAUCGGAAAGUAUCGCGUUGGGGGACAUCUCUGGCAUCAGGUACUGUGCACUUCCAGCUAGGGAUCGGGACCGAGCGGAACCUAUCAUCAUCGACGGCGAGGUCGCAGUGCCAGGCAUGGAGCCCUACGAUAUGGGCCAGCACAUGCCCGCAGCCGUCGCAUUCUUGCAGGAGCAGGUCGCUGCAGGCCGAAAGGUGCUCAUUCACUGCCUACGCGGUGAGAACCGUGCAGGGGCAGUGGCCGCUGCGUUCCUCGUGGCUGAAGCAGCAUUGCCAGAGGACGCUGUGCACAAGGUGCAGGAAGCUCGUGGCAACUUUGCGCUUUCCAACCGAGCAUUCGUUGAGCAGGUACAUUCCUUUGCCACGGAGAGGUCAAGGUCCCGCUCUGAGCAGCGAAGGAGAGCAGACUUCUCAGAGAAAAAUGGGUUCGUGGUUGAAACACAGCGGUUUAGUUGGCAAGCCAUGCAAUGCUGUUGA